AUGGCACUCGAGGCUCUCACUUCACCGAGAUUAGCUUCUCCGAUUCCUCCUCUGUUCGAGGAUUCUUCGACCUUCCAUGGCGUCGAACACUGGACCAAAGGUAAACGAUCCAAGAGAUCCAGAUCCGAUUUCCACCAACAGAACCUCAGCGAAGAAGAGUAUCUCGCUUUCUGCCUCAUGCUUCUAGCUCGCGACGGAGAUCGUAACCGUAACCGUCUGCCUCUUCCUCUUCCGGUGGCUGAGAAGUCGUCGAUCUACAAGUGCAGCGUCUGCGACAAGUCGUUCUCGUCCUACCAAGCUCUGGGCGGCCACAAGGCGAGCCACCGGAAAAACUUAUCACAGACUCAUUCCGGCGGAGGAGAUGAUCAGUCGACGUCGUCGGCGACAACCACAUCUGUCGUGGUUAACGGAAGUGGGAAAUCACACGUUUGCUCGAUCUGUAACAAGUCGUUUCCCUCCGGUCAAGCUCUCGGCGGACACAAGCGGUGCCACUACGAAGGGAAUAACAGCAGUAGCGUGUCUAAUUCCGAAGGAGCGGGGUCCACUAGCCACGUCAGCAGCAGCCACCGUGGAUUUGACCUUAACAUCCCUCCCAUCCCGGAAUUCUCGUCGGUAAACGGAGACGACGAGGUCAUGAGCCCGAUGCCGGCGAAGAAGCCCCGAUUUGACUUCUCCCAGAAUCUUCAAAAUUGA